AUGUCUGAGCUCAAGUUGACUCGCGUGUUCUCGCGCACCCCGUCGUCGUGGGACCCGCAAGACGAUCUCCUCUUGCGCCACCUUAAAGAGACGCAGAAGUUGGGCUGGAAGGAAAUCGCCGCACAUUUUUCCCACCGCACCCCAAAUGCAUGCCAGUUCCGUUGGAGACGUCUUCGUUCUGGUGCCCUCAAGACACUGCCCGCUGCGCCCGCACCUUCAGGCUUGGCGCGUUCUGCGGCCCAGGAUACAUCCACACCGAGGGCUGCCGAGGCUCAACAGGCCCAAAACUUGUCGCAGUUGCCCCAAUUCAAGUCCAGCACCACUUCAGUGACUUCUCGCCAGUCGUCAGAGGCAUCUGAGCGCCGUAUGUCCGCGUCUGUCCCUCCGGAGCGGGCGCCAGUCUUAGAUUCUCGUUCUGAUCCCCGCCCAUCUCUCCCGUGGAGUGGUGCGAGCAUAACCCCCCUGCAGGCCCAGGCGGACCUUGAAGCUACUGCGCUCUUUUACCAACAACACGCAGGUCGUUUGUACGAUGAACAGAGCGAGAACACAGAGCCAGCUAGGCCUUCCCACUCUCACGGUGUGUCGUCCCUCGGGAUGCUAGGCUCGCUAGAGCACUCUCAUCUGUUGUCCUUGAAGCAUAUUCUGCGCCGCAACUCACUUGCGAAUGCCUCGUUAGGCAGCACGUUGGUCAUGGCGCCGGCGAUUCCCUGGCUGAAGGACGAAGAUGAGUUGUUGUUGUACCGACGCAAGCGCGAACUUUCGUUUGCCGAGUUGAGCAUUUUGCUUCCCACUCGCUCCGAGGGCGACAUCUGGGGCAGAAUCGACAUGCUCGAGGGGGUUUCGGCGGCCGGAGUUCCCGCGCCGAUCGCAUCCUACGGCCAGGCGCCGGUAUUAGGUGAAAGAUCGUCGAGUAUUGGUGAGAAGAGUGUGGCGCUUUAG